AGCUGAGAGCCGACCGUGGGGUUUGGGGAAAGGCUACGUCAUCAGCUGGCCUUGUGCCUGGGAUCCAUCCGGCUGCUAGAGAUUCCCCUCCCCUGGGCAAGUCCCAUUUUUUUUUUUUUUUUAAGGAAAACAAAAACUAGGAUUUUUGGGAAGCAAUGAAACACCCAUCUGAGUCCUACCAACAGAGCUCCUGGCUGAAUGGCUUAUAGCUCAGCCAAUCGCAGAAGCUCAGGACGCUUAAAAGAGCCGCGCGGAGAGAGGCUGGGAAGAGCCCACGGGGAGACCCCCAGACACAUAGACACGGGCGAGCGCGAGAGGAGGAGAGAGACAGAGACAAAGGCACAGCAGAAGGAGCCAGAGACAGGGCAGGCACAGAGGCAAAGCCAGGCAGUCUGAGGAAGCCCAGAAGGAGAGGCCAGAGAAGCUGCAGAAGACAGGGGCAGGGAGAGACAAAGACCCAGGAGAGGAGAGUUUGGAAGAGCCAGGCCACUCGGCGCCUCUCCUGAGCCUGGGGGCCAAGUUUUCGCCAUCUCCUCUGAAGGUCCCCAGCCCCUCUGAAAACUCUGCCUCUGAGCCUGGCACAAGUCCAAGCCCCCAGGCUGUAGAGAGGAGCUUUCCAAAGCCAGGGCAGGGAGAACUGGGUGCCCAGACGGCCUCAGUCCCUCGCAGCUGCGGCACCAGUGCCAUGUCCCGGACAGACUGGCAUCCCAGGAGGAGCUUGGCGGGGUGCUGGCUGUGGGGGGUUCACGCCCGCCCAAUGCUCCCCACUGUGCCCAACUCUCGGCCAGUGGGCCAACUGCUGCUGCUGCUGCUGCCGCUGGCCUCCCUCCUGCCCUCGGCCAGGCCGGCCAGCCCCCUCCCCCGGGAGGAGGAGAUCGUGUUUCCAGAGAAGCUCAAUGGUAGCGUCCUGCCCGGUUCGGGCGCCCCUGCCAGGCUUCUGUACCGCUUGCCAGCCUUUGGGGAGACGCUGCUUCUAGAGCUGGAGCAGGACCCCGGCGUGCGGGUCGAGGGGCUGACGGUGCAGUACCUGGGCCAAGCACCGGAGCUGCUGGGAGGGGCCGAGCCAGGCACCUACCUCACUGGCACUGUCAACGGAGAUCCGGAGUCGGUGGCAUCUCUGCACUGGGACGGGGGAGCCCUGUUAGGGGUGCUGCAGUAUCGGGGGACUGAACUCCACAUCCAGCCCCUGGAGGGAGGCACCCUUAACUCUGCCGGGGGCCCUGGGGCUCACAUCCUCCGCCGGAAGAGUCCUGCUAGCAGCCAGGGCCCCAUGUGCAACGUCAAGGCUCCUCCCGGGAAUCCCAGCCCCAGCCCUCGAAGAGCCAAGCGCUUCGCUUCGCUGAGUAGAUUUGUGGAGACGCUGGUCGUGGCGGACGACAAGAUGGCAGCGUUUCACGGCGCAGGGCUGAAGCGUUACCUGCUGACGGUCAUGGCCGCCGCCGCCAAGGCCUUCAAGCACCCCAGCAUCCGCAACCCAGUCAGCUUGGUGGUGACGCGGCUCGUGAUUCUGGGGCCGGGCGAGGAAGGGCCUCAGGUGGGACCCAGUGCCGCCCAGACCCUGCGCAGCUUCUGCGCCUGGCAGCGGGGACUCAACACCCCCGAGGACUCGGACCCUGACCACUUUGACACGGCCAUCCUGUUCACCCGGCAGGACCUGUGUGGGGUCUCCACCUGCGACACUCUGGGCAUGGCUGACGUGGGCACUGUGUGUGACCCGGCUCGGAGCUGUGCUAUCGUGGAGGACGACGGGCUCCAGUCGGCCUUCACUGCGGCUCACGAACUGGGUCACGUCUUCAACAUGCUCCAUGACAACUCAAAACCAUGCGUUGGUCUGAAUGGGCCUGGGAGCGCCUCCCGCCAUGUCAUGGCUCCUGUGAUGGCCCAUGUGGACCCCGAGGAGCCCUGGUCCCCCUGCAGUGCCCGCUUCAUCACUGACUUCCUGGACAACGGCUACGGGCACUGUCUCUUAGACAAGCCAGCGGCUCCCCUGCAUCUGCCUGUGACUUUCCCUGGCAAGGACUAUGACGCCGACCGCCAGUGCCAGCUGACCUUUGGGCCCGACUCACGCCAUUGUCCCCAGCUGCCACCGCCCUGUGCUGCUCUCUGGUGCUCCGGCCAUCUCAACGGCCAUGCCAUGUGCCAGACCAAGCACUCACCCUGGGCUGACGGCACCCCCUGCGGGCCGGCGCAGGCCUGCAUGGGGGGCCGCUGCCUCCACGCGGAUCAGCUGCAGGACUUCAAUAUCCCCCAGGCUGGUGGCUGGGGCCCCUGGGGGUCAUGGGGCGACUGCUCUCGGAGCUGCGGCGGUGGCGUCCAGUUCUCGUCCCGGGACUGCACGCGGCCGGUCCCCCGGAAUGGCGGCAAGUACUGCGAGGGUCGCCGCACCCGCUUCCGGUCCUGCAACACCCAGGACUGCCCAGCUGGCUCAGCACUGACCUUCCGUGACGAGCAGUGUGCCGCUUUCAACCACCGCACUGACCUCUUCAAGAGCUUCCCGGGGCCCAUGGACUGGGUCCCUCGCUACACGGGGGUAGCCCCCCGGGACCAGUGCAAGCUCACCUGCCAGGCCCGGGCCCUGGGCUACUAUUACGUGCUGGAACCACGGGUGGUAGAUGGGACUCCCUGUUCCCCGGACAGCUCGUCGGUCUGUGUCCAGGGCCGCUGUAUCCAUGCAGGCUGUGACCGUGUCAUUGGCUCCAAAAAGAAGUUUGACAAGUGCAUGGUGUGCGGUGGGGAUGGUUCCAGCUGCAGUAAACAGUCUGGCUCCUUCAGAAAAUUCAGGUAUGGAUACAACAACGUGGUCACUAUCCCCGCGGGGGCCACGCAUAUCCUGGUCCGGCAGCAGGGGUCCCCUGGGGUCCGCAGUCUCUAUCUGGCCCUGAAGCUUCCAGAUGGCUCCUACGCCCUCAACGGAGAGUACACACUAAUGCCCUCGCCCACGGACGUGGUCCUGCCCGGGGGCGUCAGCCUCCGCUAUAGCGGGGCCACGGCAGCCUCAGAGACGCUGGCCGGCCAUGGGCCGCUGGCCCAGCCGCUCACGCUGCAGGUCCUGGUGGCCGGCAACCCCCAGAACGCUCGCCUGCGUUACAGCUUCUUCGUGCCCCGGCCAGCUCCGUCCACACCGCGCCCCCCUCCGCAGGACUGGCUGCACCGCAAGGCUCAGAUUCUGGAGAUCCUCCGGCGGCGCCCCUGGGCGGGCAGGAAAUAACCUCAUCCUCCCCGCUGCCCUUGCCGGGCACCGGGGCCUCGGACUGAGUUGGCAGAAAGACGGGGCCUCCGCGGCUCCCUCCCGCGGACCCGCGGACACUCAGACACCGUGGGGAGGGGCGGAGAGCGUGAGGCCCGCGCUCCUCCCCGCCCCCGACGCGCAGGCUGGCCCUGCCCUGAUUUCCUGCCCUGGACGGCAGGGACAGGUGGUGGAUGGAAGGGGCUGGGACGCAGUCCCCAUCUACACUGCCCCCUCUGCCCUUGCUGGUCACGGGAGGGAGGGGGAAGCCAGUGGGGAAGGGGAGCCGUUGUAUUUAUUUAGUAUUUAUUCACUUUUAUUUAGCACCAGGGAAGGGGAUGAGGACUAGGGUCCUGGGAAAAACGACUUCCACCCCCUCAUAACCCACACCCUGGCUAGGAAAUCCAGGGUGGUGGUGGUAGGCAUAACUGAUCUGUGUGUGUGUGCGCGUGUGUGUGUCUGUGUGGGUGGGUUCAGGUAUGAAGUACAUCCUGCCCUUGCUUUCCUCUCCCUGAAUUCUGCUUUCAGGGAAAGGAAGAGUCACGGGUAUGAUAGACCUUCAGGGAGUAAGGGAUUAUCAUAUUUUUAAAAUACAUAUUGAUUUCUGCUAUUUAUGUGCUCCUUUUGGACUCAGACAGAGGUGGGUCGCACCGUGGCUCUCCGUCUCUGAACAUUAGUUUCCUCGUUUGCCAAUAACAAUACCUCCCGUGGAAAUGUGUUGUGAGGCCUGAAUAAUGUCAAUAAAGAUGUCAAUAAAGAACUGCAUGAUGCCUGGCCCUGGGUCAGUGCCCAAUGCAGGGCGGCCGCCCUUGGUUAGCGCGGGGCCCACGUUGCUGCCUGUGGGGUUUGCC